AUGGCGCAGUGGAGGAGGGCUCUCGUUUUUCUCUCUGUUCUCGCCCUGCUCGGGUUGCACUACGGACUCGUUCGCCCAGCAGGCGCCAUGUAUAUUUUCGAGGAGUCUCAAGGAAAGGCAUUGGAGGAAGCGAAGACGGAGUGGGGGUUGACGUAUGAGGAUUGGAAGGUGGGGGGAGACUGCAACCGCGCGCCAUACGUCUCGUGCGAUGAGGACGGCUUUGUCGUUAGCAUGUCCCUGACUGUCGGUGUAACUGGCACCAUACCCACUGCGCUCUCUGCCCUCACUCGCCUUCGUUACCUGGACUUGAGCAACAACGGACUUUCUGGGUCCGUUCCCGAUGCUCUCAGCACCCUUACCAGACUCGCCUACCUGUACUUAGAGCGCAACGCUUUAUCUGGCCCCUUCCCGUCAAGCCUGUGCCGGCUCCCUAUCCUCGAAACCCUGUGGCUGCACCACAACUCGUUUGACGGCGCUCUUCCCGAAACCAUCUCCGACCUCUCACAAAUGAGAAGCCUGAACCUGGGGACGAACAAGUUCACGGGACCGCUCCCGAGCACCAUCAGCAAGAUGGAGGCACUGCAGUACCUGGUAAUACCAGAUAAUUCUCUGGACGGCACUCUCCCUUCAACCAUCGGCAGCCUGCCCUACCUCGCCAUUAUUGAUUUGAACAACAACAAGCUGACCGGGGAGCUGCCGACAUCCCUCGGCAACCUCUUGGCGUUGCAGUACCUCUACCUGCGCAACAACCUGCUCACAGGAUCCCUCCCAGAUGUCUUCCAAGGCCUCCCGCUCUAUCACCUGGACUUGAGCAGCAACCAACUCAUGUCGUCGCUGCCCACAUCCCUUGGCAUGCUCCCUAACCUUGCAGUCCUCGAUCUCGGCCACAACCAAUUUUCCGGGCCCUUGCCUUCCACUAUCAGCGGCCUUGCAAGCCUGCAGGCAAUGUACUUGCCAUCAAAUCAGCUCACGGGCCCGCUUCCAAGCACCAUUGGCAAGCUCUCCUCUCUUUUCCUCAUGCAUCUUGCUCACAACCAGAUAGACGGCGCCAUCCCCAGCACCAUCAGCGCCCUCACCAACCUCUGCCAGAUUAUUCUCAAUGCCAACGCCCUCAACCAGCCGCUGCCAAACGCGUUCAAGAAGCUUACCGACCUCAACACCCUGAGGCUGGAGGAGAAUGAGUUGCCGGGGUCCAUCCCAACCAGCAUCGGCAUGUUAGCCUCGCUUACCGCCCUCAACGUCAGCUUCAACCAUCUCGAAGGAGCCAUUCCCUCUACCCUUGGCGGCCUCACUAAUCUCAAUUUUCUGGACCUGACUUCGAAUGAUCUCACAGGAACGAUCCCUGCCACUCUGGGGAACAUCACUUUCCUUGAUAUCCUCGGUGUGGACACUGGGGAGGUGACAUGUGGGGCAGCGGGUGCCAGCUGCGAGGGCUGA